AUGACCGACUUCUCGAACGUCAAAGCAAUAUGUUUUGACGUAGAUUCCACGGUCUGUGUUGACGAAGGUAUCGACAUGCUAGCGACAUACUGUGGCAGGGCAGAGCUUGUACAGAACAUAACAACCGAAGCCAUGGAGGGAAGACUAGACUUCACGACGGCCCUCGAACGACGUCUAGAGGCUCUUGAACUUUCGAAGAACGUUAUAAGUACCUUCCUAGAGAAACAUCCCGUGCGAAUCACUCCUGGCGCUGAAGAACUAUUUGCGUCGUUGCGCUCAAGCAAAAUUGAGCUCUUUCUUGUGAGCGGAGGGAUAUACGAGUUGGUCAGCCGAGUAGCCCGACACAUGAAUGUACCAACCGACCACGUUUUUGCAAAUAGACUCAUCUACGACACCAAUGGUCGGGUCAUUGAUUUUGACCGUACUCAGCCGACCUCUCGGUCCGAUGGAAAGCGAGACGUUGUGGCCAUGGUUAAAUCGCAACUUCCAGAGGGUGCUGGAGUACUGAUGGUGGGCGAUGGGCUAACAGAUGCGGCAGCGUGUCCCCCAGCUGAUGCGUUUCUCGGCUUCGGUGGUGUUAUUGCUCGCCCGGUAGUUCAACGAGCGACGCCAUUCUUCUUCUGGUCCUUUGAUGAAUUACACAACUUCCUGCUGGAAAAGGGCGUUAUACACAAACCCACAUAG